UCCUAUGGUAAAUUAUAGACCGGAAGUUGACAGAGUGUGGUAAAAUAUUUGACCGGACUGAAAGAAAUAGAAAAAAAACUGCAAGAUGUUUGACGGCGAUGAAGAUGGACCAAAGGGAACGUUUGAAAUAUAUAAGGCUGAAGCAGAUUCGUUGUUCAAGCAAGGAGAAUACAGAAAAUCAAUUGAAAGCUACACAACAGCAUUAGAACUACUGCCACACGACAAAAAUUGUUUAGUUUGCCGGUCAAAAUGUCAUUUACAACUUGGGGACACAAUAAGUGCUCUAGAAGAUGCAGAAUUGUCACUUGCAGAAGACAACACAUUUCACAAGGGUGUAUAUCAAAAGGCUCAAGCAUUAUACUACCAAGGAGAUUUUGAGAUGUCCCUUGUAUUUUACCACAGAGGCCACAAACUUCGACCAGAGUUACAGGAAUUCAGGCUUGGAAUACAGAAAGCUCAGGAAGCCAUAGACAAUUCUGUUGGAUCUCCAGAAAAAGUAAAACUGACCACAGAAGGUGAUUUGACGUUUUUUGCUCAACAAGAUGAGAAAAAACCAAAGAAACAACAGUACAGUACAUAUAAGAAGACGACUACACAAGCACCGAAACGUAGACAAUACGAUCCAAGUAGACCGGUCGGUAGUGAAAAAACUAUAAAACAGCUGUUAGGAGAACUGUAUGGUGACAGACAAUACUUAGAAAAACUUCUCAAAGAAACAGAUUCAAGAUCAGAGGUUGGAAAGGUGAUAAACAAUCUGGUUACUGAGGGUUUGUCAUAUCUGGAUACCAGAACAGAUUUCUGGAGACAACAAAAACCCAUGUAUGCCAGAAAACAUGAAAGAGCACAGCAACGCAACAGAACUGAUACUCACACAGGAAAACUAGCACCUAAUGAUUACAUCAUCAGAGAAUUAGAAAAGAUAGAUAUAGCUCAAGUUGAAGGAGAGUAUCAGGAAGCUUUACGGAGAUCACAGCGAUGUCUUAAUACUGUAAAUAGUUUCACAGCAGAACAAGUUCCAAAUAAGAUUGAAGUCUUAGCUAAUCUUAACAGUUGUAUAGGAAAUGCUUACCUGGAGAUGGGACAGUAUGACAAAUCUUUAGAGCACCAUAACAUUGACUUGAGUAUGGGAGAAGACAAUGAUAUGGAAGAAGCAGUAUCAAGAGGCUUAGAUAAUUUAGGUCGUGUUCAUGCCAGACAUGGAAACUUUGAAAAAGCAGUACAAGUGUGGGAAAAGAAAUUACCAAUGUCUAAAUCUGCAUUAGAGAGUACAUGGUUGUAUCAUGAAAUAGGCCGUUGUUAUCUAGAAAUUGGUCAAUUUGAAACUGCUAAGGAAAAUGGAGAAAAGUCAAAGGUGGCAGCUGAAGAGGCAGAGGAUCAAAUGUGGCAGCUGCAGGCAUCAGUAUUGGUGGCACAAUCUGAGGUAAAACUUGGUGAUUUAAGUGCGGCAUUAACAUCAUUUGAUACAUCACUUGAACUAGCAAAAUCACAAGGUGACAUGUCAGCACAGUCAGCCAUCAAAAAAGCUAUGGACGAUGUAAAUAAAAAGAUAGCUAAGGGAAAUACAUCUACUAGUGCAAAGAAAGAACGAGUUAAGAUUGAUGAAGAAGGAGAGAGAGAAAUACAGACUGCUGUAUCAUCACAGAGAGCAGAGGAAGAAAAAGAAGAAAACGAAACAAAUAAUGCCAAAGAAACAAGCAAAAAAGUGGAGGAAGAAUCAGAGAAAAAAGAUGAAGAAAAGCCUGUUACACCUAGAAGUAAAGACAGUGAUAGUAAUAAACAAGAGAAUUUAAAUGAGACAACAGAUGAAAAUAAUGAAAGUAAAACAGAAGAACUGGAAAAUAAAGAGGAAAGUAAAGACGAAAUCAAAGAUGAAAAAGAUAGAGAAUCAAAGGAAGGAGAGACAUAAAACUAGAUAGAACAAAUAAAUUUUUUUUUUUUUUGACAAUGGCAUGACUUUUUGAAUCUUUGAAGAAUUUAGGGUAAAGAUUUAAAAAAAAUUUAAACAAAUUGCUAGGAAACUUAUAAAAGAGUAAAAUUUAUAUGAAAAUUUGAUGUCGUUAUGUUUUUUAGCUUGAAAGUAUUUUUCUUUUAAAGUAAUGAGGGAUAAAAGAAGUUUUGAAUCAAUAUAAAUAGGGAUAGAUAAAGAAAUGAUAUCUUUACUAGUCUUGUUGAAUUAAAUUAUUGUAUAACUUUUCCUUUACAUACAUGCCAUGUAAACUAAAUAUUCUUAUAAGCUUAAGAAAGAAAAUGGAUGCAUUUUUUUGGAAAAAGUUAAAAUAUGAAAAUCUGUUUAAGAAAAGAAAGCCUUACUAUUAGAAGCAUGAACUUUAGGGCAUUAAAGAAUCUAUAUUUUUUAUCAGUAUUUGUUGUAAAAAUAAAUGACUUUGUUCCUAUCUGAACCUUGACUUCUACCUAAAACGUCUACAAUUGUUGUAGGUGUUGAUUAGUCAUUAUUUGUGAAGUA